CGUCCCCGCCGGCGGGAGCUCGGGGAAGCCGGCGGCGGCGCGGCUGUGGCGGCGGCUGGCUGGAUGCGAGACCUGCGCGGACCCGGCGGCGGACGGCGGCUCUCGACUCCGGGAAGCCGAUCGCGGAGGGGACGAGCCCGAACGCGCUGGCCAUGGCCUCCAACUUUAACGACAUAGUCAAGCAGGGAUACGUGAAAAUCCGCAGCAGGAAGCUGGGGAUUUUCAGACGAUGCUGGUUGGUUUUCAAGAAGGCUUCUAGUAAAGGACCCAGAAGGCUAGAAAAAUUUCCGGAUGAAAAGGCAGCAUAUUUCAGAAACUUCCAUAAGGUAACGGAACUGCACAACAUCAAAAAUAUAACCAGACUGCCUCGAGAGACAAAGAAGCACGCCGUGGCAAUUAUCUUUCAUGAUGAAACGUCAAAGACAUUUGCCUGUGAGUCAGAGCUGGAGGCUGAGGAGUGGUGCAAACAUCUCUGCAUGGAGUGUCUGGGGACCCGCCUCAAUGACAUCAGCCUUGGUGAGCCCGAUCUUCUGGCAGCAGGUGUACAGCGAGAACAAAAUGAGAGAUUCAAUGUGUAUCUUAUGCCUACGCCAAAUCUGGAUAUUUAUGGUGAAUGCACAAUGCAGAUCACUCAUGAGAAUAUCUAUCUCUGGGAUAUCCACAAUGCCAAGGUCAAACUGGUGAUGUGGCCUCUCAGCUCCCUGAGGAGAUAUGGACGGGACUCAACGUGGUUUACCUUUGAGUCAGGAAGAAUGUGUGACACAGGAGAAGGACUAUUCACUUUUCAAACAAGGGAAGGAGAAAUGAUCUAUCAGAAGGUCCAUUCCGCGACACUGGCCAUAGCUGAGCAACACGAAAGAUUAAUGCUAGAAAUGGAGCAGAAGGCCCGGCUUCAGACAAGCUUGACUGAGCCAAUGACGUUAUCGAAAUCGAUAUCUCUUCCUCGCAGCGCGUACUGGCAUCACAUCACUCGUCAGAACAGUGUGGGAGAAAUCUACAGCUUGCAAGGCCACGGGUUCGGCUCCUCGAAGAUGUCGCGCGCCCAGACGUUCCCCAGCUACGCGUCGGAGCAGAGCGACGAGACGCAGGCGCUGUCCCGGGCGGGCAGCUACGGCUUCAGCUCCAGCUCCAGCCUCAUUCAGUGACCGUCGGGGACGGCCCGGCGCCGCCGCCCGGAGCCAGCCUGUCCGCACCUGCCGCGGGGGCCGCUGCCCCUCCGCCUCCCGGAACGCCCGUCGCGGCUGAACCGCGAGCGGGGCGCGCCUCGCCCCGCGCCCAGGGGCACGUCCCAGACUGGAGCUCUGCUUCCUCGACUCUGUGGCUAAGUCUUUCUUUAUUGAGUUUCUUGGGGGUUGGGGGUGGGGAAUCUAUGUUUUACAAAAAUAAGACUCCAAAUCGUAGCUACAGUCAUUUACAUGAAAUUCUUUGGUUCUGGGCACCGUGGAAAGUGGCCCACACCGGGU